UCGCGACUCAGGUAGUUGAAACGAGCAGGUGCCGUGGUGCCUCCCCGACGAAAUAGCCACACAGUUAUCGUGUCUCGAUUUCGGAGUUUCAGCAUAUCGUUCAGUAUGGCGCAUUGGGUCAGCUUCACCCUGCUCGCCGUGGCUGCGAUCGUCGCUCUGACGGAGUCUAAGGCCGUCCCUACCGAACCCAUUUCAGUGAUGCUGGACCCAUAUGGGAACCCGAUGGUGUUCGUGCGAGAGAAGAGGACAGCCGUGCGCCCGUAUCCUCACAGAGCCAUGAUGUUCACCAGCUACUACAGACCGAUCCGCCGUUCGGGUGGACAGGCGACCGGCGUGUUCGCUCAGGGAAACGCCGUGAGCGGAGAGGCCUUCUUCGGUGGCAUGCAAGCGCCACACUUGAAGAACGGCCCGGAACCGAUCGAAGAACCGGAAGUGUCCAGCGCUGAAGCCCAAGCGUCGCCGGAGGGUGAGGAGACUUACAACGAGGACGACCAGACUCAGGUGCAGCAGGACGAGUACAAGCCCGAGGAGCAUCACCAACAGGACGAGCACCAUCAUCACCAUCACCAUCAUCACGAAGAGGAGCCGCAGGACGAGCAGCCGAACCACGAGGAGGAAGAGCAUCAUCACGAACAUCAUGCCCCGCCUCAGGAGGAACCAGAACCGGUUCCUGCGUUCACCGAGGCAGUCCCGGUAGCUCCGGAGGAGCCGGUCCGCACGAACACAGAGGCGAACCGUCCGAAAGUUCAUCAUGGGAAGAAAAACAAGAAAACCCCGGUCGUCGAGGACGAAGAGGAAGACGACGAGGAGGACGACGAACCGUCGGUACCCUUCGUCCCCUUCAAAGGCAAUCGUCGCCGACAACACUAUCCGCACUUGAACAACUUCUUCCCCAUGGUGUUCAGCUUCCCCGGCGUGUCCACUAGAGCCGGAUCUUCCGGUGGUUCUCCCCCUGGCGCGGUCACUGCCAUCGCCAACAGCUACUCCACUGCGAAGGGUGGCAUGGCCAGUUCGGUAGCGACUGCUUACGGCGGAUCUCCUAACGGGUACGAGCCUAGCAUCAAGCCCAGGAACAUGAAGGUCGCGUUGGUUCUAAUCGCAGUAUUUGCCACUGCCUUGGCCUACCCAGUCUACGAGGUCGCGGAAGAAGUAGCUCCGAUAAGAGUCGCCAGGGAAGCGAACCCGGAACCCUUCCUUCUAGGUGGACUCGGCGGGUUCGGCGGAUUCGGCGGAAUCGGUGGAUUCGGUGGCGGCUACCACAAAUUCGGCGGAGGAUUCGGUGGAGGAUUCGGUGGAUUCGGUGGAGGCUUCCGCAAAUACGGCGGCGGAUUCGGUGGAUUCGGUGGCGGCUUCCACAAAUUUGGUGGAUUCGGUGGAUACGAGCCAUCGGAAGAUAAGAGAUCUACCCCGGACGUUGUUAAUCCUGAAACUGAUCACCUGGCAAGAUUAACACCACGCGAAACAAUGAAGUGCUCUGCGGUUUUAUUACUCUUCGUUUUCCUCCAAAUUCACUAUGGAUCGUUCGCCAAGUUAGAUUCGAAAGAGGAGAACCAAACGGAAGCGGAGCAGCAGAGGAGUGCUCGAGUGCAUCGGGUGGCCGACGACUUCUCUGGGAACGAUGACUCGCAGGCAAAGACCAGCGUGAAGGAUAUAAUGAUCAAGCAAGCCGUUCAACUCGGCGGCCAGGAACUCGAGAAACUGCUGGUAGACUUUCCUAAUUUGAGCAACCUGAUACAGCGCGAGGCACAGAUGUUCAAGGAAUUAAAUCUGGUUCUCAAGGAAUUGAUUCGAGACGGAACCGUCACUCUGAAGAACAUCGAAGUCAGUGAAACGGUAGACGCUUCGACCGUGAAGCCCUUUAAGAACGAGAACGGUCUGAGGAAUCUUCUAAGCUCGAUCGAGGAAUUAGAGAAUCUGAACGAGAGCGAUGGAAAUUGGAGGCUCCAGCCUUCUCGACUGGAGAGUGUAAACGAACUGGAGAUGAAGACCGUGAAAAAUAUCGCGCAUACUUUGGACAACGUGCUGAUGAAUAUUCAGAACCACGUUACCUUCGUUCGGAACAUCUUCGACAGACUUUGCAGGCUGGAGUUGGACAGUUUGUUUAAACUGUACAAAAAGCUGACCAGCUUGGGACAGCAACAAGUAGGGCAAUCGGUCAUCAUCGGUAGGAGAUCGCAGCCCAAUCAAGCUACAGAGGGCAUAGACAGGACUAUUUUCCGUGACUUGUUACACAAUACGUUCAAAGUGAUAACGGAGGACGCGUUGGUGGAGCGUAUAUUUUGCUGCUGGGACCGAGACAACGAGGGCAUCGUCAGGUUGGAAGCGUGGAUCAUGGGACUGGAUCUUUAUCUCCGCGGUAGUCUGCGAGAGAAGAUCGAGUUCUGCUUCAAAGUGUACGACUUGAACAACGACGGUUUCAUCACGAAGGACGAGAUAUUUCAAUUGUUCAAGCAUUGUUUGAUCAAGCAACCGGGAGAGGAGGAUCCCGACGAGGCGGUGAAGGAUUUAUCCGAGCUGGCGUUGAAGAAGUUGGACGUGAACCGGGAUGGGAAGAUUUCUUUUCAAGAUUAUAAGAUGGCUGUGAUAGAAGAGCCCCUGCUCUUGGAAGCUUUCGGGCAGUGUCUGCCCACGGAGGAGAAUUCUGCUUCUAUAUUAGCUACGUUGCGAUCAUGAAGUGAUCGUACGUGUG